ACACGGCUGCAACAGUCGGUGCCUCACUCCUCCAGAAGGAUGAGUUUCCGGGGCAGAAUGUUCCUGGUGGUGGCUGUUGCCGCCACCUGUGCCAUCUCCCUCGCUCAAGACGCCAAUCUUCAGGCAAUAGAAUGUCCUUUCCCAGAGGGACAGGAGGUGGUGUCAGAGGAGGAGUGCGGGAAGUACUCAGCGUGUGAGUGGACGGACGGAGUCUGCCAUGUAGUGGACAACGCCGUUGGUGGCUACGUCGUCCAGGGCCCGCCAGAGGUCACCACCAGAGGCUUCAAGGUUAACCUGAAGAAGGCGGACGACACAGUGACGAUGUUCGGAGACGACGUGACCAACUUGGUGUUUGAGGUCAUCCAGCACGAAGAUUACCACCUCCAGGUCAAGAUCUACGACGCAGACGCGGAGCGCUACGAGGUGCCGGUGCCUCUGAGUCUUCCUGACGCCCCAGACGCCGACGCCCUCUACACCGUCAGCGUCAGCGGGGAAGGCGAACCUUUCGACUUCGUCGUCAGCAGAAAGUCCAACAACAACACUGUGUUCCGCUCGUUGGGGCCCCUGACCUUCGAGGACCAGUUCCUGCAGCUGCACACCUCCCUCGCCUCCACUUACCUGUACGGCUUAGGCGAGAACACCCACCUCUCCUUCAGACACACGUUCGAGCCCCGCUCCACCUUCCCCAUCUUCGCCAGGGACGUGGCAGUGAGCACGGAACCCACCAACGAGUACGGUCACCACCCAUACUACAUGGUGAUGGAGGACGACGAGGGUAACUCUCACUCCGUCCUUCUCUACAACUCCAACGCCAUGGAGUACUCGACCUUCCUGCUGGAGGAUGGGACGCCGGCGCUCACAUUGAGGACCAUCGGAGGCAUCAUCGACCUGCACAUGUUCCUGGGCCCCCUGCCGGAGGACUUGAUAUGGCAGUAUACCUCCAUGAUUGGCACCACGGCCAUGCCCCCAUACUGGUACCUCGGGUUCCAACUCUCCCGCUGGGGAUACAACUCUACCGACUAUGUCCGCGCCGUCAGGGAGAGGAUGAAGGCCAUGGGCAUCCCCCAGGAUAUACAGACGUUCGACAUCGACUACACGGAUCAGAAGAGGGACUUCACAUUGGACCCGGUCCACUGGAGCGAUUUCCCCGAACUCAUCCAAGAGCUGCACAACGAUGGCCUUAAAGUCACGCUCCUUGUGGACCCGGCGUUGGUGAUCGACUUCGACAACUACCCGCCGGCGGCCAGAGGGAAGGAGUCGGACGUGUUCAUCAAGUGGUCUGACCCCAGCCUGGUGCCGGACGACCAGGAGCCCGGCACUGACGAUUACAUGGUCGGCUACGUCUGGCCCGCGAACAAGACAGUCUUUCCCGACUUCCUAAAGCCAGAGACGCAAGCCUGGUGGAUCAACGAACUGAAGAUCUUCCACGAGUUACUCGACUUCGACACCCUCUGGAUCGACAUGAACGAGCCGGCCAACUUCGGCACCAACCUGGACAAGCCCUGGAACUGGCCACCUGACCAGCCGGACUGGAGCCUCAAGUGUCCGGACAACAAGUGGGACUCUCCACCCUACCCCACCGUGACGACCCGCGUAGGUGACAAUGAGAGCAAGAAACUCAGCGAACACAGUCUGUGCAUGUCCGGCCAACAGACAGACGGCAAUACCACCUACAUGCACUAUGACGUUCAUUCCCUAUAUGGUUGGUCAGAGACAGUCGCCACCUACAGAGGCCUGGAGGAAGUGUUCCCGGACAGGCGCCCAGUUAUACUCUCUCGCUCCACCUUCCCGGGCUCCGGCCAGUACGCCUUCCACUGGCUCGGGGACAACUCCGCUGAAUGGGUCCAUUUGCACAUGUCCAUUAUAGGUCUGUUUGAAUUCAACAUGUUUGGUAUCCCUAUGGUGGGAGCUGAUAUUUGUGGCUUCUACAACGAGCCUGACAUGGAAUUGUGUGCCAGGUGGAUGGAACUGGGAGCCUUCUAUCCCUUCAGCCGGAACCACAAUCAGGAAGGGACGGCGGACCAGGACCCAGCAAUGUGGCCGGAGGUCGGGGAGAUCUCUCGCUACACACUCAACAUCCGCUACCAGUACCUGCCCUACCUCUACUCCCUCUUCCACAGGGCACAUAUGCACGGCUCCUCCGUCGUCCGGCCGCUGUUGAACGUCUUCCCCCGGGACUUAAAGGCUCGAGACGUCGACAACCAGUUUAUGUGGGGCGACGGUCUGAUGAUUGCCCCCGUCCUUACCCAGGGCGCCACCUCCAGGGACGUCUACUUCCCUAAGGGGAUCUGGUACGACCUGGUGACUGGUGUGGCGACGGCCACGGGACCCACGACGCUCACAGUUGAUGCUCCUCUCGAGGUGAUCCCUCUCUAUAUUCCCGGAGGCACCGUCCUCCCCUACCAGGUGCCUGGCCUCAACACCGUAGAGAGUCGGCAGAACCCGUUGGGCCUGACGGUGGCAGUGAACGAGAACCAGACGUCCUCUGGCGAGAUCUUCUGGGAUGCUGGUGACGGAUCAUUCAGCAUGAUGAAUGCUUACAUGUCCUUCGUGGACUAUAGUCAGGGCGAAUUGACUAUGAGUGUUAUGCAUGGAGAGGACAUCGUUGCUGAGCUGUUCCUCGACACCAUCAACAUCUACGGCUUCCCUAGUAACCCGCAGGACGUCACUGUCAAUGACGUAGCUCUUCCUGCCGAGGACUGGGAGUACGACGCCCCCAGCAGCGUCCUCACCAUCACCAUCCACGUCCCUCUCGCAGACCCCCUCAGUGUGACGAUCCUCUAGGACGUCCCCAGCAGCGUCCUCACCAUCACACCCACGCCCCCAGCAGCGUCCUCACCAUCACGCCCCCAGCAGUAUCCUCACUAUCACCACCCUCAAGCAGACCCCCUUCAGUGGGUUGAUCUUCUGAACGUUCCACGCAGUCAGUAACGUAUUCGCUCAACACCAUCAGCGCCUAUUAAUGCAACAUUACCUCACGUUAAUAAACGACAUAACUGCCUCUUCGAUCACCACAAAUACGACGCACCAGAAGUCCCGUGGCGUUAAUCGCUGAAUAUGCAUUAAACGCCGUUUGCUUCUGGCUACCAACUGCUUGGGGAGCAACACGAAGAGCCUCGCCAUCAGCCUAGGAGGGACGUUAAUAAGCCAAGGAUCGUCUUGUCCCCCCCCCCCCAUCUAUAGGAAACUUACUUACGUCACCAUCAACUCAAACGUGUAUCAGAGAUACUUUUUUGUGUGUAUGGUACACCUUUGUGGGUGUACCGCCAGCACUGUACCAUAUACACACUUUUGUCUGUUCUCCAUGGACAGGGUUAGAGAUCUGUUGGACUGCAUACAUCAGAGUUAUUGAGCACUCACCUACAGGUAUUUGAAGCGCUUUUACAAUUGCAAAUUACUGUGUAAGUGUCACCCUUCCAGUUACUGACUAAACACAGUGAUGCUUAACUUGAUAGAUAAAACGAGCGAUCUUCAUAUUUCACCGAAAACAUUUACUACAGUCCUUUUGAAUAUCAAAUGUUUUUCAAAAAUGAUGUCAUAUUACAUAUAUAUGUAACUAUUUUAUUUGGCAGUAUUUCUAUCUACUAAAUUCUUAACACACUUAUGCAUGGAAACAAAUUAUAUUUGUUUAAAAAGAAGCUUAAA